AGGUUCAGUGAACCGAGGAGGUAGGACUUGAAAACUUAACAUUAGCAGCAGAAAGUUGAGUGCGACUCAGUUGAGCGGAAGUGGAAGCUCGAGCGAAAAACUUGAGUGCGCAACAGGUGUCCGCUUGUUGUUGACUACGUGUUAGAAAGAUUUAACGCGGUUUGGAUAGCGAGGUUAAACGUUGUCGUCGGUUAAGAAAAAGAAUAACAACAUGUCAAACCUCCGACCCAGACUCUGUCUGCUGGAGAAAGGUUCCAGCGGCUACGGCUUCCACCUGCACGGAGAGAAGGGGAAAACCGGGCAGUUUAUCAGGCUGGUGGAGCCCGAUACUCCCGCCUCCGCCGCCGGGCUGCUCGCUGGCGACCGCCUGGUGUUCGUGAACGGGGAGAGAGUGGAGGGAGAGAGCCACCAGCAAGUGGUCGUCAGGAUACGAGGCACCGUCGGGGCUUUGGAGCUUAUCGUGGUGGACGACGAAACGUCCGAGCUGCUGAAGAAACACAACCUCCAGUGCCAGAAAGAGUUCGUCACGGAGGGGAUUCCUGUGCCCGGCGGGGACAGCGACUCAGACCGAGUAGACGAACAGAGCAACGGCACUCCGGUCCAGCGGGAGAACGGGGAUGCUACUUCAGAGAGGUCGGCGAGGUCGAGUGUGAGCUCCACUACCAAGCAGGAGGAGCUAGGCGGGCUGCGGCCUCGUCUCUGCCACAUGAAGAAGGGGAGCGGAGGCUACGGCUUCAACCUGCACAGCGAGAAGUCCAAACCGGGUCAGUUCAUCCGAGCUGUGGACGAAGACUCUCCCGCAUGGAGAGCAGGCCUCAAACCACAGGACAAGAUAGUCCAGGUGAACGGUUCAUCAGUGAUUGGUCUGCAGCACUCAGAGGUGGUGGCAGCCAUCAAGUCUGGUGGAAGUGAGACCACACUGCUGGUUGUUGAUGCUGAAACUGAAGAAUUCUUCAAGAGAUGUGAUGUUGAACCCUCCGAGGAGCACGUCACCGGGCCUCUUCCUGAACCUGAAUCACGCAGAGCAUCAGUGGAGAAGGAGGUGGAGGCAGCAGAGAUGAAGCCCAAAGUGUCUGUGAGCUCAUCAGCUUCCAGUGCCUCCUCCACCUCCUCCCUGCCUGCAGCCACCAGCAGCUUCACACCUCCUCAGGUUGAGAAGGCCCCGGAGCCGACCCCAGCCCCAGCCCCAGCCCCAGCCCAGGGGACAGACAGCCUGGGUCUGAGCAUGUCAUUGGCUCAGGCCAGAGAGAAAGCCCGCCAGAAACGAGCCGCCAAGAAAGCCCCCACCAUGGACUGGAGCAAGAGGAACGAACUGUUCAGCAACUUAUAAUCAUCAUCAUCAUCAUCACCGUCGUCCAUCUAUCAUCAUCAUCAACAACCCCACCUGCCUCCUCCAGACUCGACUGCACUGCCCUCUCCAGGUGUCUGCUGUUAGGAUCGGGCUCUGAUGUCACACGUCAUGAAAGACACUGUUGAGCUCAUUUAGAACAUUUAAAACUCCUGCGUUUAAACAGUGUUAUAUAAUGAUUUUAUUUGUUCUUAAUUUAGGGUUUUGCCACUUUUGUCAACGCCACACAGGAAUGAAUGUUAAUAUAUGAAGAGGAGUGUUUUAAAAGAGAAGAACAAUAGGAAUGUACAGUUUCUCAUAUGAAAAAGGAGCAUGUAAGGAGUAACACAGCGGGCACACAGGGAAAAUCAAUUACUGGCAGAUUUUGGGAAAACUUUUGAAUUUACUGCAAUCAGAAAGUAGAAUGAAAUCUUUCUUAUGGUGUGUGAAUGAAGUGUUCUGAAUCAUUCCUCUGAGCCCUCACUGCCAACACAUCAUGACAAUCUGUUUUGAGUUGAGCCCACAGCUGGGACCAUCACUAUGUUAAAGUCUUGUUAAUGUUUGUCCACUCAUCUGACUUCAGAAAUGAUUCAAAGGAAAUUACAGAUGACUUUUUUUCCUUCUAUGUUGCUGUUUAUUAGCUUUGUACAUACAUGAAUGAAUGAUUUAUCCUGACUGACGAGGUCUGAUGGUGAAGCUCCUCGGUUUUGUCACUUCUGUUGAAAUUGUUUGAAUUUUAAAGCUGCACCCGUCCUGUUAAAACAAACACACUUUUUCUUAUGUGAAGAUGUGCCGGUGUUAGCUCUGAACUGUAGAAUGUAAUGAAAAGCAUUGAUAAAUGUAACGUUGGG